AUGCGUUCCAUUGGUUUCCUCAAGCUGCUUGCUGCAGUAGCAGCAGCAGCAGCAGUCUUGAUCCCCACAUCCGCAGCAACACCCGUCGAAGUUCGCAGCGCCGAUGUCGUCAAACGAGCCACUACCCCAAUCUCUCCCAAAGUCGUCAUCAUCAGCAUGUUUGCCCCCGAAGCCUCGGUGUGGUACGGGAUCAAGGAAUUCGACCUUCUCGCCCAUAACAUCACCGUGUCGGGCCUCUCCCCCUUGUUCCCAGAGGUCCACUGCACGGCCAAGGGCGACGUCUGCCAGGUUGUGACGGGCGAAUCCGAGAUCAACGCGGCCUCGACCAUCAGCGCGUUUGUGCACUCUCCCAAAUUCAACCUGACAAAGUCGUACUUUAUGGUCGCGGGGAUCGCGGGCGUCAACCCGAAAGUGGCGACGCUGGCGAGCGUGACGUUUGCCAAAUACGCCGUCCAGGUGGCGCUACAGUACGAGUUUGACAUACGAGAUUUGCCCGGCAACUUUACGACCGGGUAUAUUCCGUUUGGGGCUUACGCGCCGAGUGAUUAUCCCGAAACGAUCUACGGCACCGAAGUCUUCGAAGUCAACGAAGCCCUGCGCGACGUGGCCAUCAGCUUUGCCUCAGGAGCCAAGUUGAACGACAGCACCGCCUCGCAGUCCUACCGGGCCAAAUACGCGUCCGAAAGCAUCUACGCCGCCGCGGCCAAGGGCCCCUCCGUCGUGGGAUGCGACGUCGCGACCUCCGACGUCUACUACAGUGGCACGCACUUGUCGGAAGCAUUCGAAAACACCACCCGCAUAUGGACAAACGGGAGCGGGGUAUACUGCACGACGGCGCAGGAAGACAACGCGUCAUUGGAAGCCAUAAUGCGCGCCGCCCUGUCCAACCUGACGGACUUUUCGCGGGUCAUCGUCAUGCGCACGGCCAGCGACUUCGAUCGCCCUCCCCCGGGCGUCUCGCAGAUCCAGAACCUCCUGUACAUCAACCAAGGCGGGUUUCCGCCCGCGAUCCAAAACAUCUACGUCGCCGGCGUGAGAGUCGUCGAGGGCAUUCUGGACGGCUGGAACAGCACCUUUGCAAAGGGCAUCAAGCCCACGAAUUAUAUCGGGGACAUGUUUGCGAGUCUGGGCGGCACGCCGGACUUUGGUUUGCCGGCGGACUUUAUUACAAAGAGGUCCCUCAAGGGGGAUGAGUUUCAGGGCAAUCUGAGGAUGAGGAGGGCGGCCGAGAGCGCGAGGCGUCGACUUGCUGCUGCAAGGUCGGGGGGGAUGAUGCCUUGA